GAAAGAUCCAUUGAGACUACCGCAACUAAUUCCCCUUUAUCGAGCAUAGCCCUCCAGUCCUCAAUUAACUUUAGCAGCGCCGUCUCGCAACUGUAGAACUUUCUGUAAGAGCUGAUGGAAUCCGACAGCCGGAAUCGCUUGAUAAAAGUCUCCCAGCUGUGCUAUUAGCCGCCUCUCAUAUAUAUUGUUGAGUACAGCUGUUUCUUUCUUGGUGAUGAUAUGACCAGCUUACGGUAAUUUGCGAAACGAAACGAAACGAUACGAAGCGAAACGAAGCGAAACAAGGUUCGCAGACAAUUUCUUUAGGCGCUCUGCUCCCGAAAAUUGUCUUGCUAGAUAAAGCAAAGACAGGCUUACAGACGCGACAAGAAAUUAUUCCCUCUCUUCGAAAACUGUCCUCGCUAGAUGCCUUGUGUUAUAUCCGGGUACCCAUGGAUAUUGCAGGCUUGGCUGCUAAGCCGAACGACGUUUUGCCAGCCAGUCCAGCAACAGUCAGAUAAGUCUAACCCUGAAUAUGUUUGGUAUACUACUAAUAAUGAGGGGCUGGGUGUUGAAACUGAUGUUGAAAUCAAUGGUAAACUUGUUCAAAUGAUGAUUGACACUGGCUGUGCUAAAACCUUGAUCCCGAAACAGUGGUUUAGAAACAACCUGAACAUUCCUCUUAACCCAACCAAUGUCAAGUUCUCAGCUUUUGGUGGAGGAGACCUCAAGUGUUUAGGAGUAUUUGAUGCUAAACUGAGAUGCAAUAAGAUGGAAGUAAUGGAGCCAGUGUAUGUGAUCGAUGUGGAAGGUCCCCCCCUGUUGGGAAGAAGCGCCCUGUCCACCCUCAACCUUGUAAAAAUCCAUGCAGUAGGGGAGAGCCCAACCAAGGCGAGGGAGAAGAUCUAUCAGGAGUAUGAAAAUCUCUUCAAGGAAGAGCUCGGAGACUUUAAGAAUUAUGAGUACAAAAUUAAAAUCAAUUCAGAUGUCCCUCCCAAGGUACAAAAACAAAGGCCAGUCCCAGCACCCUUAGAGGAGAGAUUGAAACAAGAAAUAGAGCGAAUGAUCCAAGAAGAUGUGAUUGAAGAAGCGGCAGGAGCAUCGUGGAUAUCACCUGUGCAGAUUGUCUACAAGGAGAAUGGAGAAUUGAGAGUGUGCGUUGAUCUCAGGGAAGCUAAUAAAGCAGUGAUAAGAGAGCGGUUUCCAAUUCCUAGAAUCCAAGACCUGUUACGGCAACUGAGUGGGGCUCGGAUGUUUUCGACUCUGGAUCUAAGGAAAGCAUGUUGGCAGGUUCGCCUAGCGGAAUAAUCGAGAGAAAUUACAUCGUUCAUAGCCGCAGGUGAAGUGUAUCAGUUCAAAAGGCUGCCCUUCAGACUUGCGUCAGCACCAGAGGUGUACCAAAGGGUCAUGAGCAUAGUGUGUGAAGGCUUAUCAGGUGUGCUUAGCUACUUUGAUGAUGUUGUGGUGUAUGGGUAAACACCAGAAGAACACUGGAAGAAUCUUCGUGCAGUUAUGGAUAAACUUCAAGACUGUGGCCUUCGUCUCAAUGCAGACAAGUGUGCCUUGGGCAUGUUUGAGCUGAAAUUUCAAGGACACGUCAUCUCUGCUGAGGGCAUUAAGCCUGACCCUGACAAGGUAAAAGCCAUUGCAGAUGCACCAUUACCUUAAAACCAAGCUGAACUGAGAUCAUUUAUGGGAAGUAUUAGAUACCUUACACAGUUUGUUUCCAACCUUGCAACAGUGAUCACUCCCUUACGAUAUCUUACGCAGAAGGGUGGGGUGUGGAAAUGGAGUACAACAGAAUCCAAUGCCUUUGAGGAAGUUAAAGAGCUUCUGAUUAAAGCACCAUGCCUUGCACACUACUCAUUGGAAGCCGAGACCAAACUUGUAGUAGAUGCCAGCCCAGUCGGUCUGGGGUGUGUCUUGCUGCAAAAUGUUGGCAGCCCAUACCCAUAUCAUAUACGUCCAGAAGUCUAACUGCUACAGAGAAGAGAUAUUAACAGAUCGAACGAGGGACAAUGGCUGUGCUGUUCGAAUUGCAGAAGAUGCAUUCCUACAUUUAUGGUCGCCACGUUGUCGUCUCGACUGAUCAUAAACCACUGCUUGGCGUAUUCAAUCAAUUCGCCUUGAACGGAUUGCUUUGAGAUGUCAGGACUAUGACUUCACACUCACUAAUGAACCUGGAUCUGAGAACAUUGCAGAUGGACUGUCAAGGUCACCUUUGAACACUACUGUUACAGAAACAAGUUUUGUUGAGGAGCAUGUACACUUUGUCAAAACUGCUGAUGCUUUGCUCUGAAUUGAUGAAAUAAAAGAGGCUAGAGAGUCUGACCCUGAAUUACUAGAGGUGGUGAACGUACUUGAUGGAACCCAGAACCUGGUAGAUAAUAAAUGGAAACAUUUUAAAGAUGAACUGAGCUUUGCACAGGGCCUACCGAUGGUGAGGUCGACGAAUUUAUGUUCCUGAGAAGUUCAGAAAAAAAAGGCAUUGACCUUGGCACAUGAGGCUCAUCAAAGUAUUGUGCCCUGCAAGCAACGCUUUCGUAGAAUCCUGUUCUGGCCGGGGAUGGACUCUGACGUUGAAGACUUCUGCCGAAAUUGCGAGACAUGUGUGCGCCUUCAGCCACUACGACGAGACACACCUAAUACAGCAACUCCUCUUCCCGAUUACUGCUGUGAGAAGUGUGCCCUUGACCUGAAGUAAAUGGCCCGAGGCGUAUUACAAGUGAGAGUAUAGUCACUACACUUGCAGAUAUAUUUGCACGAUUUGGAAAUCCAAAAGUUC